GAUGGCGAAUUCUAAAACAAUACUUCACCACUCUUCUGGAACUCAUUCUUUUCGCGUGGUGCAGUUAUCGAAGGCUUCCAAGCCAUCCUCGAGUGGAUCUGUUCCACUGUUCGUGAGACUCACGACAAUUGCCUGUACACUUAGGCAGAAUCAUCUCGACUCUGCAACAUGGCUGAUACUCUUUCGGUCGAGGCCGUCAAUCAGAUGAGGAAGGCCAUGGGCCUUCCUCUGAUUCCUGUGCCUGGAGAAGGGGGUUUGGAGUUCCAACAAGAGAAUAAGGACGAUGUCCCAGAGAGCGAUCUUACCCUCGAUGAGCGGCAAGCACGCGGUUCGGCCAAUUUUGCGAAGCUUGUGGAAGAGCAGAAAAAGGCAAAGGAAAGAGAGGAACGCAAAAAUGAAAUAAAACGACAGAGAGAGCUAGCAGCACGCAAUGUGGUUCUCAAGGGCGCAAGUAUUGCAGAAGUUGAGGAUGACAUGGCUGCUUCGGACUGGCUCAAAUCGAUGGGAAAGAGACAGAAGAAAUUGAUGGCCGAACAAGCUGCUAAAGAAGAGGAAGAGGCUGCAAAGAAGAAGGCUGCUGCAGAGGCGGAGUAUAAAGUCACAGGAAUGCGUGUCGCCCACGAGGUGGGAGAUAUGGUCGAUGGGGAUAUCUUGACUUUUCAAGAUAGAGCUAUUGAUGAGGGAGAUAGUGAAGAGGAGUACCAACUCGAGUCUCGACAGCUACAGGAAGAAGCACGGAGGAAAGCGGCCCAAGAGGCGAAAAAGUUCAGGCCUGGCGCGGUUUAUGAUCCGCUGAAAGAAGGCGGCCUGUUGUCGCAAUAUGAUGAAGAAGUCGCAAAAAGCUUCACAAUAGAUCAGUCGGGCAAUAUUGAGACGCGCGGGACGACCACAGGCGCGCAAGAGCAAGACAAACCAAAGGGCGUAACGAUAUCACUCACAGAUCUUUUGGAUGAAAAGCAGCCUGUAUCGGAUUACAAAGAAUUCAAAGCACCUAAGCCAAAGAAACCGAAGAAAGCCAAAAACGCCCGAAAACGCGCUCGUGAUGAAGAAGACGACAUUUUCCCCACUAAUACUACGAUGGACAUAGACAUAUCAGCCGCAGCGCCCAAAGCCAAGAAGAGAAAUGUCGAUGAUUUUAAUUUUGAAGAUGAUGAGGACCUGGCGCGCCAGCUUGCUGCAGCCCGUCGCAAGGCCUUGCAAGCUCGCAAAAAGCCGUCGGACAUUGCGAAGCAAAUCAAGGAACAAGAGGCUUCAGAAAUGCAAGAUGUCAAGGAGACCGGAGAAGUCGAUGAUGGUGGCUUACUCAUUGAUGCUAGUACAGAAUGGGCGAAUAGCUUAGAUCCUGAAGCCGUUGCCCAGGAGGCUGCCGAAGAGGAAGAACGACGACGUAGACGAGAAGCUUCUAACCGCAGUCACACAUCUGAAACAAAGAAGGCUGAGGACGGGGACGAUGUAGAAAUGAGCUAUGCAGAAGCCGACGAAGCGGAGGAAGCCGCUCAGCGUGCUGCUCGUACACCAUCCGCUCCCCCACCAGAAGACGAUGAAAAGGCUCUAGGUGAUGAGGAAGAGUUGGGUGGCGGACUAGCAGCCACUCUCAAACUUCUCAAGGAGCGGAACCUUGUCCAAACAGCGUCCAUUACAUCAGACAGCUUCACGGCUAGGCAGAAGUUCUUAGCAGAAAAAGCCAGACGUGAGGCAGAGGCCGAACUCCGCGCCAGAAAUCAGCGCUUAAAGGAGCGCGAACGAAUGCAAGGCAUGUCGGCUCGCGAUCGCGAAGAAGCAGCCCGGAAUGCAAAUUCUGCAAGGGACUUCCAAGAAUCACGCGCUCUGGCGGAUCUCUUUAACAAGGAGUACAAGCCCAACAUCAACUUGAAGUACACGGAUGAAUUUGGCAACGAAAUGAGCACCAAAGAGGCAUUUAAACAUUUGAGCCAUCAGUUUCACGGUAAAGGCAGUGGAAAACAGAAACAGGAGAAAAGGCUUAAAAAGAUGGAGGAGGAGAAGAAAAGGAUGGCUGCUAGCAUUUUGGAUUCCAGUCAAUUCGCGGGUGGUAACGAUAAGAAGAAGAACAAACAGGCUGGCGUGCGAUUGCAGUAGCCUGAUGAGCUUGCUGCGACGAUGGAAACCGGCCGUCCUUACUCGUACGUCUCUAGUUGGCCAGCUUGCUCUGGACGAGACAAAGGUUAGUUGUGCCAUCUUUAGACUGCAAAUGGGUCAUGAAACAAUAUUAAACAGUAAUUUUAGAAGAGCGUCAAAAGCAUAAUUCGUCCAUGAAUUAGAUGUGCCGGGCAGCUACUCU